AUGUCGUCGCACCACGCAGUUACCAAAGAACAUGGCCAGACAGCUAAAGUCCCAGGAAUUCCCAACGUCGCAGCUGAAGGAAUACCAUACUUCACACCAGCUCAGAAUCCGCCCUCUGGCACGGCUUCCGACCCCCAACCUUCCAAUGCCGCCAUUCCAAAAGUCUUCCAACCUAUUACGAUCCGUGGCUUGACCCUCCAGAACCGAAUUAUGCUAUCUCCUCUCUGCCAAUACUCCGCUGAGAACGGUCACCUUACACCUUGGCAUCUUGCUCAUAUUGGAGGCAUUGUAUCCCGGGGUCCUGGGCUCACCAUGAUUGAAGCUACAUCAGUUGUUCCUGAAGGUCGAAUUACACCCGAGGAUUCUGGAAUCUGGGCCGACAGUCAAGUUGACGGUCCAUAUGGACUGAAGGCUAUUGUUGAUUUCGCACACAGCCAGGGCCAGAAAAUUGCAAUCCAGAUUGCUCACGCUGGACGGAAAGCUUCUACAAUUGCACCGUGGUUAAGUGCUGGUGCUGUGGCGACAGAAGAUGUUAACGGUUGGCCAAACAAUGUCAAGGCACCUUCAGCUAUUGCGUACAAUGACGCCCACUGCCAGCCAUCUGCGCUUACACUGGACGAAAUUGAGGAUUUGAAGAAAGCGUGGGUUGCUGGUAUCAAGCGUGCUAUCCGAGCAGGAUUCGACGUCAUCGAAAUUCACAACGCUCACGGCUAUCUUCUCCACUCGUUCCUGUCCCCAGCAUCCAACCAGAGAACUGAUAAAUAUGGUGGAUCAUUCGAGAAUCGCACACGUUUGACUCUUGAGUUGGUCGAAUUGACAAGAGCGGAAAUGCCAAAGGAAAUGCCUCUUUUCCUGAGAAUCAGUGCUUCGGAUUGGCUAGACCACGAUGGUUACACUGGUGAGUCUUGGAAGAUCGAGGACAGCGUCCGGCUUGCCCCGCUUCUUGCCGAGAAGGGAGUCGAUCUGAUAGAUGUCUCAUCUGCUGGUCUACAUCCAUCCCAGAAAAUCAAGCCUGGUCCAGGAUAUCAAGUUCCAUUCGCCAAGGCCAUCAAAAAGGCCGUCGGUGAUAAAAUGCUUGUCGGCGCUGUUGGAAGUAUUACAACCGGUCCUCAAGCAGAGUCGAUUCUCACUGGUAAAGGAGAAGGUAGUCACGGAGAGGAAGAGAUUGAUAUGGCAAUCGUCGGAAGAAUGUUCCAGAAGAAUCCUGCCUUGGUUUGGACCUGGGCGGAGGAGCUUGGUGUGGAAAUCAAUGUUGCAAACCAGAUCCGUUGGGGAUUUGGAGGCAGACCUGGUGCACCAAAGAAGGCUUAA